AUGGUAGAAUUGAAGAGGCUGUUAGAGGAGCUUCCUAAGGUGGGUUACAUCAAGCCGUCUCGUUCUUCGUAUGGGGUGCCUGUGUUGUUUCAGAAGAAGAAAGAUGGAAAAUUGAGGCUAUGUAUUGACUUUAUGGCCCUAAACAAGUUGACCAUCAAGAAUAAGUAUCCCAUUCUUAUUAUUGCUUAUUUUUUGGAUAGAUUGUUUGGGGCAAAGGUCUUCAACAAACUUGAUCUUAAGCAUGGCUACUAUCAAGUGAGGAUUGCAGUAAGAUACAAGGAGAAGGUUGCAUUGAGUCAUUUUGAGAGGACUCUAAAAACAUUAAAAAGAAAGCAAUUUAAUUACGUAAAGGAGUAUUCUGAUUCUUUUGAUGAGGCUCAGAAACAAGAAGCGACACAAGAGAAAGGACAAUUUCAUGCAAGAACAAGGAGAUUGAGACUAUUGGAAGGAAAAAUACAAGAGGUUGAAGAUGAUACUCAUUGGGAUGCUAAAGAUAGUCAGGAAAUGAAUGAUCAGUCAAAGAACUAUCACAAUAAGCUUGAUCAGACUGGAACCAGAGCUCCACCGAAAAUGGACAUUGAAGAAAUAGUUGUGCCAAAUGAAGUCUACACUGAUAAGGAUAAGGGUGAAACUAUUUCACCACCUUUCAUAUUCUUUGUGGAUGAAACCGAAUAUGUUCAAGAUACUGUUGAUAUAAUCGGUCUUCCUCAUUCUUUCAAUAAUCUCUCUUCUCAUCAAGAAUUGCUCUUGCAAUUCAAAGCUGCCAUUUCCCACAACGACACUGCUCUGUCCUACUGGACUCCACUACAACCUUUCUGCAACUGGUCUGCCAUAACCUGCCAUUCCUCAUUUCACUCUGUCCGUGCCGUCAAUUUAACACAAAUGAGUUUAGACGGCACUAUUUCUCCUGUCCUAGGGAACCUCUCCUCCCUUCGAUCCCUUGAUCUCUCCUAUAAUAACCUCACUGGCAACAUUCCAACUCAACUCAGUCAACUCCUACAUCUACGGAUACUCUGGCUUAACAACAAUCAAUUACAAGGAACCAUUUCUCCAGUGCUGGGGAAUCUCUCCUCUCUUCGAGCCCUAGAUCUCUCCUUCAAUACACUCACUGGUACCAUUCCUCCUCAACUCAGCAAACUCCAAAAUCUGCGGAUGUUCUGGCUGAACGAGAAUCAAUUACAAGGAACCAUUCCACCUGCUCUCUCUGCUUGCCACAGUUUGAAUUACCUGGCACUCUCCUUUAACCAACUGCAUGGGAACAUUCCGCCUGAGCUGAGCUUUCUCACAAAUUUAAAGUACCUCUUCUUGGGCGUUAACAGUCUCACGGGUACUAUUCCUAGCUCUUUAGGAAAUCUCUCCGGCUUAGUUGAAUUGGAUUUGAGCGGAAAUGAGCUCCACGGGCCCAUUCCUCCAGAAUUGUGCAUGCUCACUCACCUACAGGUUCUUAACCUUUAUAAAGAUAACCUAUCAGGUACCAUUCCCAGCUGUUUAACAAAUCUCACAAAAUUGAAUAUGCUUAGUGGAAACAUACCAAAUUCCCUUGGGAAUUGUUCCAGUCUUGAAAUGAUUUAUUUAAAUGAAAACCAACUCGGUGGAAUGGUUCCAAUGGAGCUGGGUAAGUUGAACCGUCUUACCCGGCUUUACCUACACUCAAAUCAACUUGUUAGUGACAGCAGUAAAACACUGGCCUUUGUCACUGCUCUCACAAAUUGCUCCCACUUACAAGAAAUAGAUAUGGCAAAGAAUACUUUCACUGGUGGAUUGCCCCCAUUCAUAGGCCAACUGUCUUCCAAUCUCCAUAGAUUGAGUUUAUCAGAAAAUAUUAUAAGCGGAAGCAUACCGCAAGAGAUUUUCAAUCUGACAAACUUGACUUACUUAGGUUUAGACAAUAAUGUUUUCAGCGGCAACAUUCCGUCUGGAAUUAAGAGAAUCCAUGGCUUGGAAAGGUUGCUUUUGGGAGGGAACAAAUUAGAAGGUAGCAUUCCAAGUGAGAUAGGUCAAAUGCAACAUAUGGGACUCUUAAAUCUUGGUCACAAUCAGUUGUCUGGUAAAAUACCAGAUUCUCUUUGCAGCUCCCAGCAGUUAAGACGUCUUUUACUGCAGCACAACAAGUUAUCAGGGAAGAUUCCUGUUAGUUUGGAAGGAUGUAAAAAUUUGGAGCUCCUUGACUUAUCUUACAAUAAACUAGGGGGAAGUACACCUGGUGAAGUCAUUGCCAGCCUUAAAAACCUGCAAUUCUACCUCAAUCUUUCAUGGAAUUCUCUACAAGGGUCGUUGCCACAGGAGAUGAGUAAAAUUGUAAUGGCUCAAGCCAUAGAUGUAUCUGGAAAUCAACUUACUGGGGUCAUUCCAAUUUCUCUAGGAGACUGCACAAGAUUAGAGCAUCUAAAUCUGUCCCACAAUGCCUUUGUAGGUCCAAUACCGAAUUCACUCUCCAAAUUAAAAAAUCUCCAAGAUAUGGAUCUUUCUUUCAAUAAUUUGUCGGGGCAGAUUCCACAAGCAGGGUUGUUUCCCAAUAGAACUGUUGCACUAUUGCUUAUGGAGAACCCUGGCCUAUGUGGCCCAAAAAAUUAUUCCUUGCCUCCAUGCCCAACUCAGAUCCAGGAAAAGCAUUCCCUGCUCAUAAAAAUAGUCUUAUCAGUUGUUGGAACCAUUGGAUUUGUAUUAUGUUGCUUCAUUAUAUGGAUUGUAUGGAGGCAUAAACUUUCAAGAAAACUAGUCCGUUCCUCGAGCUUUAUUUUUCGAAGGCUCAGCUUUCAAAAAUUUUCUUUUCAUGAUCUUAUCAUAGCAACAUCUGAAUUUGACGAGUCAAACUUGCUUGGAAUGGGUAACUUUGGAUCUGUCUACAAAGGCAUCUUGAGGGAUGGUGAGAUAAUUGCCAUAAAGACUCUUAAUUUGCAAAAUGAAGAAGCUCUUAAGAGUUUCAAGAGAGAGUGCAAAAUGUUAGGGAGGAUUCGGCACCGUAACCUCAUCAGAGUCAUAAGUGCAUUUUUCUACCCUGACUUGAAAGGUUUGGUUCUUCAAUUUGCAUCUAAAGGGAGCUUCGAAAAACAUUUGCACCCUGAUAGGGAUGACGAAGGCUUUUCUAUAUUCAGAUUCAAUGAGUGUUUGAGCAUUGUGUAG